AUGAGAACAACUCAACCUUAGCCUUUCUAUUUGUAAGAAUCUCAUAAAAGUAUUGAUAGAACAUUUCUAGAUAGAGAAAAUCAAACAAUUAAAGAAGAUAAAAUAGAAGAGCAAAUAAAAAAAGAAUAAAGCAUUAAAUCUGCCAAAUAACCACCUUCUACUAAAAAUGGGAAAAUAGUUGCAUAAUUAUUAGAAAAAGAAAGAAUCAAGAAAGCUGAAAAGCAAGAAUAAAUUAAAAAAGAAGAAUAAGAAAGAUUAGCAAAAAAGAAAAAUAUUAUUAAAUAUGUGAUUCCUUUUUGA